GGGUCGUUUUGGCUUAACGACUGAGGUCGUGUCGUGUGCGCGCACCGCGCUCCAUGCGCAGCGUAAGAGCGCCUGUGUUAAGUCUUCAGCCAAUACUGAGGCUCAACGUUCGGAUGAUGAAUCCUUUCAAUUUCUCGUGAGUCUUGUCAUCGACGAAGAGUAAUCUGAAUUGUAUGGACUGUUUUGUGGGCUUUGCACAUGACUCGGCUACUGCAAUCUUGCGCCGACCGGUAACCUACACUACUUCAAGAACAUAUAGAAAUGGCGGGUUGAAAUUGAGAGCAAAGCUCGUCGAAGAAAAUGACCCAUUACUUCAAUCCGCCUUAGAUUCAGCCUCUCUUCGUUUCCGAGAAACCCAUCGACCAGAGCCUCUCUUUGUUGAUCCGUAUGCCGGUUGCUUUGUUGCUCCUAAUGCUCAGAUGGAUAUGAAGCAAGCCUCGGACCAUUAUUGCCUUGCAACUAAAUUCAUUGAUGAUAAGUUGCUCCGUACAGUGAACCAUAUUGAUGGACUUAAGCAGGUUGUUUUGCUAACAGAUGGCAUGGACACCCGUCCAUAUAGGCUUAGUUGGCCAACUUCAACCAUUAUAUUUAAUAUAUCUCCAGAACGGGUAUUCAAAAGAGCAGCUGAAAAGCUUCAAGGUGUUGGGGCAAAGAUUCCAAGAAGCUGCGUAUCCCUUCAUGUUCCUUUGGAAUCCUCCAACUUACAGCAAAGUCUGCGUGCUAAAGGCUUUAAUGGCAAUCGCCCUAGUAUAUGGGCCAUGCAGGGGCUCCCUGUGAUGACAUUAGCAACUUUUGAGGACAUAUUGCUCACCGUAAGUGGUUCUGCCAUGAACGGAUGUUUUUUCUUGGGAGAAUUGCCUGCUUGGUUGGCAGAAACUGAAAUAGGGAUCAAGACUAGUGCAAGGAAAUGGAUGGAGAAAUUAUUCAUGAACAAUGGCUUUCGGGUGGACAUGAUUUGCUAUGAGGAAGUUGCGAGGAGUUUAGGCAAGGACUUAGCAUCAGGAAGCUAUAAGAAUAUACUAUUUUCUGCGGAACAACUGCGGUUUUCUGAUGAUCAGAUGGAAACUUGGAGGAAGGAAUUUCAAAGAGCCGAGGAAGAAGGGGACGAGGAAGGCUUCGAAGAGCUCUAAUACAAUGCCACAUUUGUUUCGCAUUUUAUUAUCUUGUUUUUAAUUAAGCCGCCACAUUGUAAAUCAUUUAUAAUGAAAUUUUGGAAUUUAGUUGUUCUCUCUUUCCUUCUUUGUAUAAGUUUUGAAGAUGUUAAGGGCUCUGCUCCCAUUU